GUAGGUCUAUCUUGGACCAUAAGAAGGGAGGUGGGGGAGAGAUCUAUCCCUCACUCCUACGGCCGGUUUCACCCCUUUUUAACCUGCGACUUGAAUAAAGUGCAUUUCAUUGACAGAACUGGACUGCUCAAGUCAAAAAUUAACAACUCUUGUGGAGCAUUUCAAAACUGAAGGAAAAACCGCGCCGUUGUGUAUGGAGUGUACAUGACUGAUAGUUAUUGCGUUGUGGUCCGCCUAAAGUGCCCCAAUUAUAUAGCUGUGUACUAGAUCAAUACAGUUAUAAUCGUUAGCCACGGAGCACCGCCUUGGCCACAUUGCCGCAGUUCGGUAUGAAGUGGACCGAGGAUCAGUCUGGAUAGCGUUCAGAUCGAUCCUUUUCCAGCGACCUGAUCAACGAUCACGGGAACCACUGAGAAGUUAGUUUAUUCUCAACUUCUGCCGACGCUUGACGCGCUGAUGCAUUUGGGACGUCAACAAGCCACCGCAGACAUGUUUUAUAAACAACAGUCGUGGAAAGGUUAAAAAUAUAGCUGUUUUACGGAGAAAGAACUCCUUAGCUGCUAGCACGUUUAAGCUGUGCUACCGGAAUUGCGGCGUGGACAAGACGGGGAGUUUGUCUAUACGGUUGGGGACAGCGGUUGUCCGCUAAAGCUGUUUCCCACUAUGGCUAUACUUUACAACUUUUCACCUGUGAUAAGACAACCGACCAGGGACAUAACAGAAACAAGUAACUGCCGUGGCAAGCAAAAGGUAUGACUUUGAUCCAGAACUUGAGGACCCGCCGUUCAUAGUAACAGGAUAUAUAACGCGGUUGCCUCACAUCAAACAUGAAGUUUGUUCUCGUUGUCAGUAUUGUGUUGGGGAACUACCUGCUGAUUAUUACAGGUUGCGAAAUCAUGUUUUUGAGACCUUCCUUGGACCAUGACAACCGAAUUCGUCUGAAUAUCACUGAACGUACACCUGCUAAUACCGAUAUACAAGCUUUCUCAGCACAGUGCAAAGGCGAGAAUGUGAGAUCGCCCUUGAAAUUUUAUGUCGAAGGAAAAGACGAAAAAUAUUUUGCUUUCCAUAAUAAUGUGCUUAGAAACAGGUAUUUGAUUACGGCAAAUCCUGGUUACAAUUUUUCUGUGAUAGUUGUGGCCGUAGAAACUGAUUUCACCAUCAAUCCGCAGUAUAAGGAUGUAACCACGGAGAUAAUGGUCGUAAAUGGAAAACCACUGGACCUGGAACUAUUAGCUGAGGAGCUUCACGUAGAGAUUUUCAGAGGAGUACCCCCGGGUACCGUGGUGUGGUCUGUCAACAGACCAAACCUUACAGUGGCAAUACCAACAGUACACACGUACAGCGACAACUUCGAAGUGACCAGAAAUCAGCUGUCCAUCGUUACCUCGCGCCCACUGUCAGCACUGCCGCCCAAAGUGAAGCUUCCUAUUUCUCUUAUCAGCAAUGACCAAACUUUUCUUCCAAUGAAGACCUUUCUCACAGCAGAACUGCAACCCAUUUCAGAGCCAGAGGUGGUGACAGCUGUAGCAGUGAACACGUCCUAUGCUGAUGUAUGUUGGAAGGUUCCCGCUCACGGCGUUGUGAAGAAAUACCAGCUCUACAUGGAGUCUUACAACAUUAGUGUGAUAUCCGAUGUUUUCCCCAAAAGCGACCAGGUAGAGGUUUGUGCCAAGGUGCAUAGCCUUGUGCUGAAUCAGACCUACACCUUUCAAGUGCGAGCUGUAUUCGGGAGGGUUCGAAGCCCGCCAUCCGGAACAUAUUUCUACACUCACAUGCUGAAAGCAGUGGAAACCAACUGCCCGAACUCUACCGUUAUCAACGUGAAAGGUGUGUUUCGUUGGCCUUCCACCCGGCAUGGUGAAUGGCGAUUUUUGAACUGCCCUACAACUUCUGGGCAAAAAACGGCUUCCUUUGUCAGAGCAAAAGCCAGGAGGAAGUGUACUAUUACAGAGGAUAUGAAGCCUCGAUGGCUGGACCAAGACGCAAGUGAUUGCCCAAAGACUGAACUGACGCGAGAUACGGUGACCGAGUUUAUAGAUGCUAUACAGAAGAGUGAUACAAAUACUGGGGAGUCAAGUAGGCUUACCAAGAUGACAGAAGUAUUAUCAGAAACGUCAGACAUUGCAGCAGAGGACGAAAAGCUAACAGAACAAUAUAUCCGUGCAGUGGACAAUCUCCUGACAGCUGAGCCUGAUAUUAUCCAGGAAAAUGAUACCAAUUCAAAGCUGCUCCAAACAUUUGAGAACUUUCUUGGUGCAAUAGAUUUAAAGAAUCGAACAAACGUAAAACUUGACCUUCCGAACAUCAACGUAGACGUCAGGGAGGUGCCUUAUGAUGACACCAAGGACGGCGUUGAGUACUCCACAUCCGUAGAGACACACACCGCCAAUGAUAACAAACAGGUGACGACGUCUAUAAAACUACCCCAAGAGAUCUUCCAGAAGCUGAAGGCGCCGUCUUACCGCGUUACGUUUGUCCUCUACGCCGAUAGUAAGCUCUUUCCCACCAAUAAAGAAUCCAACUACACUGUGGAGCGUGUCUUACUUGCAGCUGUGAACAAUCAGAGCAUCAACAACCUUCACGACUGCGUCAAAUUCUCGCUCCCCAAACCAACCAAAAAUAAGGUAGACGGCAUUCAUAAAUGUGGUUUCUGGAAUGUUAAAGAGAAACAAUGGUCAUAUACCGGUGUAACGAAGCAGGGAGAAGACGAUGCGUCCGUUCACUGUUGCUCUCAUCAUCUCACCAAUUUUGCUGUAAUGUUGGACGUUGACCCGAAUGUGGUUAUAGAGAAGGUUCACACCAACGUCCUAUCCAUCAUAUCGUUCGUGGGCAGUGGUCUUUCUAUCACCGGCCUGACGCUGACGCUCAUCACCUACGCCAUCUUUCCGUGUUUGCACCGGAACAAAUCGGGUCAGAUUUUGCUUCACUUGGGGGCGUCGAUGUUGUUCAUGCACCUGUUGUUUGUGGUUGGAGGGGAUGAGGUUGUACUGGGGUACAGGGACGCGUGUACGAGCGUGGCCGUGCUGAUUCACUACACCGUGCUUAGUACCCUGAUAUGGAUGGGCAUCGAAGCUUUCAACCUGUAUAGGCUGCUGGUCCGUGUCUUUGCCAUGUACGAGAAGCACUUCCUCCUUAAAAGAGUAGUUGCUGGAUGGGGUAUACCGGCUGUUUUUGUGGCAACUGCUCUCGCGGUUGAUCUAGACAAUUACCGUCAACCGGAUUCAACCAGUUGUCGGCUAUCCCAUGCGAACGUUGGACUCUAUUACGGUACCUAUAUUGGCCCCGUCUGUGUUGCGCUGACGUGUAACCUCGUCGUCUUCAUCAUCUUGCUGCGGGUGCUGCUAAAACCCAGAUUUGACAACACCCUCGGGAAGCGAACCGUGACUGGGGCACAGGUAAGAGGUGUAAUGAGCGUGCUUGUACUGCUGGGAAUUUCUUGGAUUUUUGGAGCGGUGGCGAUCGGGGAGGCUAAGCUGGUACUACAAUACCUCUUCGUCAUUACAACGUCACUCCAGGGCUUUUGCAUCUUUAUCUUUCGUUGUCUGCGGAACUUUGAGGCUCGAGCAGCAUGGAGGCAGCUUUGGCACGAGGGGACCAUCAAAACUCGGCGGGGUGCCAUUAUCAAGACAUCUGGACCAACUCACACUACGUCUACCAUGUCUGGAGACGACAAGAGCAAAUCCAUGCGUUGCGAAAAGCACCCGAUGUCCGAAACUGAAGAGUCGCUGAGCAAGGACACCAAAGAGAGCCAAUUUUGUCUUGACACUAGCAAACUUAGUCGCGUAGGGUCAGAAAAGGGGACAUUUUGGCUGAAUAAAUACCGACUCAUUAUGGGUCUGGAGAAGGGUUCAAUCACAGAGGAUAAGAACUGUAACAAAAGGAUGUAAGUUUUCUUUGAAAGGUGGUCUUUGAUUAGUGUUUAUUGAACGGCUCGACAUUUAGGCUCAUAUUUCAGACAGCCUAAAAACACGUGGAAACCUCACAUGAAGGCACGCAGAUGGCACCUUGGAAGCUUCUUAUAAAGCUAUGUGAUAAGAGCCCGAAAAUGAAAAGUGACAGGCUAGACUUACAAUUUCUCACCUACACAGUUUCAGUCAUUAUAUGUGUGUAUGUCUGUAGGUUAGUAAUACUUGUACAUACAAGCAGUUCGUUGUCACGGCUUAACGUUGUGUUGGUCCUAUAACUGCAUUUGGAGUUAAGAUAAGCAUAGGAUCCUAAUGUCCUUGUGACCACAAGUUGUGAAGGUCUAGAGCUUUAUAUACAGUGUUCGUACGUCAUUUUAGGUGGUACAUGUAAUUCAUACGUGUUCGUUGCAUUCGUUGUAGGGUACAGUGAUAUGGCAAUAUGCAGAUGGACGCAUAGAAAACUUUUCCAUCAAGUAACAGUUUCUCAUGGCUCUAUAUUUCCGUAUUACCUCUAAACCUCUUCUAUCUCUGUAAAAGUCACCAUUUGUGAAUUGGUUCAAAGCUCACGUUGCGCGUCCAAUAUAUUUAGUCUAUGCUAGAUGAAACCAAAGAUUGACGUAAGGCUGGCCGGUGCCAAAAGCAUGUUUACUGUGAAAUAUUCGAAUGGUACAAUGAGUGAUAACUGAAUACUAAGAAUAAACUGUUACAAAAUUAUAUUUAUUUCAGAUGUAAAUGUUUACUUAUACCUCUAGUACUUCGUAUUGUAAAUAAAUUUAGUUUCAGCAAUGAAUGGCCGUUCCUUUUUGGAUGUACGCAAUUUGGUCGCUGUGACUUCUUAUACCUAUUUUGAUGCUUUGUUUUUUCAUUAUCUUACAUGUGAGCACAUGCAUAACAUAUUAAUAACGACCGAUAAGU